AUGGUCGAUAGUGGCGUCCCCCAGGGUUCAGUACUGGGACCCAUUUUGUUCCUUAUCUACGUGGACGAUGCCGCAAGAGAUUUAGACUGUGAAGUAGCAAUGUUUGCGGAUGACAUGAAGAUAUGGAGUGUAAUUCGGGGUCCUGCCGAUGAGGACAGACUGCAGAUAAACCUGAAUCGGUUGGAGGAGUGGUCAAACCGUUGGCUCCUGCGGUUCAACGUUGCCAAAUAUAGCAUACUUCGCCUAGGCAACACAGCCAGAUCCGCCAGCACAAGAGGCUACUUUCUGGGCGGUGCAGCCCUACAAAAGUUCGAAGCCCAAAAGGACCUCGGUGUGCUUACGACGAGUUCCCUAAAACCAUCCGCCCACUGUUCGAGGGUGGCAAAAAGCGCAAUGUACGCCAUCAAGCGUGCGUUUAUGGACUUUGACGAAGAAGCCUUCUCUAAGGCAUUCGGAACAUUCGUCCGGCCGCAUUUAGAGUACGGCAUACAAGCUUGGAGGCCGUGGACUGUUGUGGAUCAAAACUGCCUCGAAAUAGUCCAGAGGAGAGCCACGAAGAUGGUUAGGGUCAAAGCUCCUUUCCUUAUGCAACCCGCCUAGUAAAUCUGAACCUCUUUCCUUUGAGUUACAGGCAACUUCGCGGAGAUCUUUUGCAAGCCUUCCGCAUUGUAAAGGGGUUGGAUUGCAGUCUGGCCUUCGAGGACUUUUUUGAAUUUGCUACCACGACCAACCUCCGAGGUCACCCGUUAAAACUGCGCCCUCCGCAGGCACGGCUGGAUGUGCGGAAGUUCUCCUUCUCGGUUCGGGUGGUCAAACCAUGGGAUGAGCUUCCCGCAGAUGUUGUGAUGUCAGCAUCUAUGCAAAGUUUUAAGAAGAAUCUGGACAUAUUUAUGUUCCGAAAUGACCAAGAGCGAUGA